AUGCCACGCGGUACGCUGAUCGUGUUCGAAGGGCUGGAUCGUUGCGGGAAGACGACGCAAACGCGCUUGUGCGUGGAGGGGCUGUCACGCACGGGUGUAAAGCUUGCGGCCGGGUUGCCGUGGCGGUUCCCGGAUCGGACGACGCCGAUCGGGGAGGUGCUGAAUACGUACCUGACGAGCAAGACGGAACUGGGGGACGAGGCUGCGCAUCUACUCUUCUCGGCCAACCGGUGGGAAAAGGCGGCAACGAUACGCGAAGCGCUGGGCAGGGGCGAGACGGUGGUGUACGACCGGUACGCGUACUCAGGGGUGGCGUACUCCGUGGCCAAGGGGCUCGGGAUGGAGUGGUGCCUCGCGGCGGACGAGGGGCUGCCCCGGCCGGACGUGGUCGUGUUUCUGGAGGUCGGCGUGGACGAGGCGAGGGGGAGAGAGGGGUUUGGGGGUGAGCGGUUUGAGGAAGCAGAGACGCAGAAGAGGGUCGGAGCGGUGUUUGAUCGGCUCAAGGGGGAGGGGUGGAGCGUUGUGGAAGGGAGCGGGCGAAUGGAGGAGGUGGCGGAGAGGGUUAAGGCGGUUGUGUGGCCGGUGGUUCAGGCGGUGACAGGAAGAGAUGACGAGGUUGGGGAGCUUUGGGGGCAAGGGGUGAGGAAGCGACAGGGAUGA